AUGUCAUGCUUCCCGCGGUCCAUCGUCGUUGAUCUUGACCACCAUCGUGGCCAAGCUUCGGCCAACAAGCUCAUCAACACCCACGUCGAGGAGCUUGUCAUGCUCGGCUCAAGUCAAGGCGUGCGCAUUCGGCGCUCUCGAAUGGUGCUCUUGGCAGUCCCCGCCCUGGCCAUCCUCCUCUACCUCUAUCACAAAGGCUCGGGCUCUCUGCGCGAUCCAGACAGUGCUUCCCUUACCAUCAUCACCAAAACCCAGCUAAGAGACUACAGCAAUGCGCUUUCCGAUGCGCAAUGGGCGCGUCAGGAGGGUCAGCUCCGCCAGUGCAGACUCCAGUGGUUCCAGUCCGGCACCAUCUGCCCCAAUCCACCCAGGCAAUGGUCACGACAGAACAAGCUCGAUGCGGUUUGGCCAUGGAGCAACGGCAGCCUCGAUUCAUCCCAGACCGACCAGAGCUACCUCGCCUCGAUGGAUCUGCUUCGCUACUCGAUGCGAUCCGCAAGGGCUCACAUGCAGACCGGCUUUGGCACCGUCAAUCUUCUCACCCCAGACGUGCCCGCGCUCGCCGCCCGUGCCUCGACGUCGCCAGAGAAGCAGCAAUUCUGUACACAUCUCUACAAGGACGCUUCGGGACAUGACCGUCAUGGUCAGCGUCCGUGCUGGUUUGACCCCAAGGACCGUGUCUACGAGCCUCCCAGACUGUUCCACCACCGUCAAGUGGCGUGCGACGGCCAUGUCGAUCUGACUAGAGAACACUGCUCAUCCCCCUCGACCGUUGCGGCGUCGACGCCUGCCACCGCAUCGCAGCUUCUUGUCGCAAGAGCAGCCCAUCUCUCCGACGUACGCUUGCUCGUCUCGCCCCAUCACAUCAUGUCACGUCACAUGUCUGCAUCCGACUUCUGGUCGCCUCUCCUGGGCCCCCUCUUUCGUAUCAGUGCCGAUUGGAGCCCUGCGGGUCACCUUCCAACUCAACAGAGCAAUAUGUCCAGCUCCGACGACGCUCCCUUCUUUCGCGCCAACGCUCUUCUCGAUCGCAGGUUCGGCACCACCGCGCGCAGGAGGCUCAUCGAUCUGCCUCAGCCACUCUCGCAUACCAUCUUGGAAGAACUCUCUCGAACUUGGCCGAGUCAGCUCACGCUUGCCGCUUCUGCCUCUCCCAGCAGUGCCGUCGAUCUCAACACCUUGCAUGCUCAUUACAUGGCCGAAAGAUAUCGCGAGGCGCUCCUUUGGUCCUUCUUCGUUGCAAGGCAUGACCGCGACGGAGAUGGCGUCUAUUCCGCUGAGGAAAGGGCCGCUUUGCUCUCGGAGCUUGGCGCACCAGACCCGCAAAAACCUGUGAUUGCGCCGGCUGCGUUUCCUGUUCGCACCACCACCGAGAAUGACACGCUCAACGCCAAUCUGGCACGCUUGCACCUCCCCUUGAUGACCGAGCUCAAGCCGAUCCGUACCUCCAUGGAUGGUUCUGCGCUCUUGACGCCCCACACUCCCGCUCAAGUUGCCGCUGCCGAGAAGCUCAAACCGGGAGAACCGCAGCCGCCCAUAUGCGGACUUUCUGGCGAGUGCGUCCAGACACUCUUCGCCAACGUCAAGAAGCCGCCGAGCGUGGCGGAACUCUUUAGGCGCAUGACGCAAGCCGCGCCAAAUUGCGGCCAAUGCGUACUCUACCACCUCACGCACAAGUCGGGCCUUCAAGGGCUCUCAGCAUUUUUGCCACCACCCGAGCUGACCAUGGCGUCGAUAGACCAUUUGCCGCUCGUCUCGACGUGGCAAAUUAGUGAUUUCACGAUCAAGGCUUCGCCGAGCUCACGUCAGGCUCGCCGACUGGACGUGGUGAUCGACUUGUUGUCGCGGUACAGCCACUCGUUCGUCUACGAAGAGCCUCGGGUUACGCCGACGCUGCUGAAUCGCACCCAGACGGUCAAUACUCUCAUGUUCUUGGACAAUGACCCCGUCUCGUCGCUCUUUUCGUUCAAACAGCAUGGCGUAUACACAGAGCAGACCCCGGACGAACGGCACCACUGGGCUUUCAGUCACGGAUUUAGGUCCGAGUUCGAGCCAGAAGACCCCAUGAUCUGGGUCAAGAUUGUGCGGGCCUGGCUCUCGACCAAGUUCCCCUUCCUCAUGCGCUUUGAGGCCAAAUGUAACGGAAUUUGUUAA